CGCAAAGAUAUUUCUCAAUCCAUUGUUGAUCAUCUCCCUUUCUUGAUCAAUUCUUGGAUACGCUCAUUGUGUAAAAUCAUGGAGAAAUCCUCAGAAGAAAUCGGCAUAAAAAUCUACACCGCCUCCCCGACACUCGACCUACCGCCGCUUUACCCCUGUUCGCCGCCGUCCUCCACUACCCCUCUACCCUCAAACGCCGGCCGGAAAAGACGAGCGGUGGCGAGCGGCGUGCAGAAAACCCUCUCCAAAACCUCGUUGCUCGCCAACUUUCUACCCACCGGGACCCUGCUCACCUUCGAAAUGGUCCUCCCGUCGGUCUACGCCAACGGGGAAUGCUCCUCUGUGACGACCCACAUGAUAUACUCUUUGUUAGGCCUCUGCACUCUCUCUUGCUUCUUCUUCCACUUCACGGAUUCUUUCCGGGGGCCCGACGGGAAAGUGUACUACGGGUUCGUGACUCUAAGCGGGCUGGCGGUUUUCAAAACGGGCCUCGGGGUGGAGGUGCCGAAAGACGACAGGUAUAAGGUAGGGUUGAGCGAUUUCGUGCAUGCACUGAUGUCUGUUCUUGUGUUUGUGGCGAUUGCAUUUUCUGAUCAUCGGGUCACGGGUUGUGUGUUCCCGGGUCAUGCAGCAGAGUUGGAUGAAGUGAUGCAGAGUUUUCCACUGAUGGUGGGGAUCAUUUGCAGUGGGCUGUUUCUUGUGUUUCCUACAACUAGAUAUGGCAUCGGUUGUGUGUCUGCUUGAGGUUUCUUGACAUUUUCCCAGGUCGUGGAUUCGCACCCGUUGGAUCAAAUGCUAUGAUGAUCUGGAGCAUGUGAGAAAUCCAUCAAAACUCCUAAUCAUGGGAUACCAAUAGGCUCGUAUGGGCUCAUUUGUUAUGUCCUAUAUUAUUUAGUUUGAAGGUGUUUCGGUUGUGAUGUAGAUGCUAUAACAAGUGUGGUUAUGUUUGUUUAUGUUGUUCUGAGUGAAUGAACUGGAAGGUUUGUCUACGACUGACUAUUCCAGCAUUCUUGAAUUGUUUUAAGUUUGAUUUAUAAAUUAGAAUUUAUGUCGGGGAAAAUACAGUUCGUAUGCAAUAUAUAUGUAUGGUGCCACUGCAAGUUUAUUUGACGUCAAACAAGAUUAAGCAAGAAUAGAUGAAUACUGAAAACAAUUAUGAUUUCUUUAUCUACACAACAAUAUCACAUAACCAAUUGCUCUUGGUUAAUCUCUACUGAUCCACAUAAAGCCACACUUCACUCGCAUCUCUUUACCUCUCUAUACAUAUGAUACAACUCCCUCAUUGUUGCGACAAAAAUGGAACGGCAAAGUAAUACGCAUUAGUAAAUUCUAUGCUCUAACCAUAUGCAUAAUAUCUCCUACUUCUACAACUAUGUUAACUCUUCCAUUGCGUGGAACCGAUACUUUCCUGUCAAGACUGAAACCCACCUCCAUCAUUAUUCUCCUCUAGAUACUAUCACAAGUAGUUGUCCUUGGAGCCAACUAGUUUCAGUAUAUGAUCGAACCAUUUUGCAUGUUAAACAAGAUAGUUACUCGCCACAGCAAAAAGCACGUUUUGUCUCUUGAAUCUUUUGCCACAAGCAAAGGAGCUCUCUGGGGCCUUGGUAAUGGGCAACAACAUAACCAUCCUUACAA